AUGCAACUCCUUUUCCUUAUUUUGUUUGUAUAUUUGGCUUUAUCAGAAGAGUGCGCCUGCAAAAAAGAGGACCAAAACAUAUGCGUUGAAUGUCCAGAUAACUGCCAACUCCAAAUUGUCAACUCGACGUCAACAGUGCCUCUUGUAAAGUGCUUUGUAAACACCGACUUGGUGAACUGCUUAGAGAAAGAUUCCCAUAACUCGAAUGUAUGUCUUGAGUGUAAAGCUGGAUACUUCUUGUCGGAAGGUUCAUGUGUGGUGUGCCCGGAUCAUUGUUUGUUGUGUAACGCGACCACCUGCUUUUCAUGUGAAACUAUAAACAACAUCACAUACACAGUCUCUUCGAACAGGUCUUCAUGUAUUAAUUGCAUGGAUGAAACAGUCAACAUGGAUUGCGGACUUUGUCCAGAAGCAACAUACUUUGAACCAUCAAAAUCCGUGUGUUUGCCGUGCCAACCCAAUUGCAAAUACUGUUCAUCGUCUUUGUGCCAACAAUGCUAUCCGGGGUAUUACACACAACAAGCGUUUUGUAACAAAAUACAAAAAUGUCAGACUGCGUUAACCUCGAUAGAUUACUGUGAUGUUUGUUUCUACGGGUUUUAUAGACAACGAGGGAGGUGUCAAGACUGCUCUGUUCUUGAAACCAAUUGUUGGGUGUGUUAUCACGACGAAGUCAAUAUCAUAUCUGGGUGUACCAUAUGUCACCCUGGAUACGUCAAAGUCCAAGGACAUUGUAUAAGCCUUGCUGAUGCACACUGCAAAGUUGGAUACUCGGACUCCGGGUGCCUCGAUUGCGAGGACACUUACUACUUUGAUGUUAAUAUGACGUGCCAAAGAUGUUCAGAAGCGUGUUUCUCGUGCACACAAGAUCCAAAUAAUUGUUUGUCAUGUGCAAGUGGCUAUUAUUUUAAUAAUGAUGGCAUUUGUGAAAGAAAAGAUUCAAAUUGUGUUUCCUCUGAUUUAAAGGGGUGCUUGGAGUGUGUUGAUGUGUUGUCUAUGGGUACCGAUUUGACGGGAUAUUACAUUCCAAAAGAUGGGACAACCUGUGAGAUAUGUUCCGAGCAUUGUAAUCGGUGUGUUUAUAACAGCAGAAAUUGCACAUCAUGCGUCGACGGAUAUGUGCUGAAAAAGAUGGUUGUCGAUGGGGUCCAACUUCGUGACUGUGUUGAGAAACAGUCGUAUUGUGUUGACACGGAAAUGGGGUUUUGUGUGUUGUGUACUGAUGGCUAUUUUUUGAAUGGUGGAUCUGACAAGAAUGACGACCAAGAAUGUGUGAAAUGCGAUAAGUCGUGUGGAUCGUGCGAAGUAAGCACUGAAUGUACAACAUGCCAAGUGCUUUAUUACAGACCUUUAAAUUGGAAAGAACUUGGGUGGAAGUUGUGUCAUCCCCAAAGUGAGAUUAAUAUGACUUGUGAGGCUGGAAUAAAUGGAUGUGUGACAUGUAAUGAAGGGUAUUACAUCAACUCUACCGAACCCACAACUUAUAAGUGUAGUGUUUGUCCGGAGCGAUGUGGGUCGUGUCAAUACAUUGAAAGCACAAACUCCAUUAAUUGUUUGUCGUGUCCAACAAAGGAUCUCUAUGCCAAGAAUGGGGAGUGUUAUCCAUGUAGUGAUUUGCCAAAUUGUGCAAAGUGUAGUUAUGAUGUCUGCUCCAAGUGUAAAGGAGGGUAUUCUUUAGAACAAAACAUGUUAUCGUGUUCGCGACCAAAGUACGAACUCAUCAUACCACUCACCGUGUUAGGUGUUGUACUCAUUAUUGUAUUUUUGGUUGGAGUCGGGUUGCUCAUUUGGAGAGAACGAAGGCGGUAUGUGUAUGAAGUCGACCAAAAAUUGAAGCCCUUCAAAGUGAAUUCCGAUUUGGAGAUGUUGUUACUUGGCUCUGAUAACAAAAAUUUCCCAAUGAAGACUGAUAAAUGGGAGCUCUUCUUUGGUCUCAAAAAGGGUAAAGCAAUUGUUGAUAAGGUGUACGAAGAGACUUUGAGUAUCGCGAACAUGACUAACAAAACUUAUUUCUUCGAGUUCUAUACCGACCCAUCGCACCGCUUUGAUUUGGAGAUUGAACCAAACAAUGGCGUGCUAGGUCCAAAGAAAGCAGCAACGAUUGUUUUCCAUGUGAAGCCAUUGUGCACUGCUUCUAUCAUUGAAAACAUUGGUAUUGUUGCAAUGGAUAUGGGCGCACAAGUCAAAGAAACUGCAAAAUUGACGAUAUACCUUGACACUGACCUUUCAGUUAAAUUGGAUUACACUGAGUUAAAGCCAGUACUACCAGCGAUAGGUGAGGGUGGAUUUGGUAUAGUUUUUAAAGGCAAAUAUCGUGACCGUAUUGUUGCAAUAAAGAAGAUGAAGUCGCGGAGUUUGACGGAUGAACUUGAAAAGGAGUUUAAUCACGAAGUGUCAAUGCUAUUGCAGAUGCGGUAUGUCAGUGUUGUUGAGUUGAUUGGAGCGAUAUACACGGAGGGUGAGAUUGCUCUUGUAACUGAAUUUGCAGAGUAUGGAUCACUCACCAAAGUGUAUCUUCACCAAGAGAUGUCGUACUUAUUCAAAGUGAAAGUCAUGGAAGAUGUUGCACUGGCGUUAUCCUAUUUACACAAAAACAACAUCAUCCAUAGAGAUGUUAAAAGUGAGAAUGUAUUGGUCUUCUCACUCAACCCUAAAAUGGACGUGUGCAGCAAACUGACUGAUUUUGGUACAAGUCGGUGUAUAUCAGAGGUUGCGCUGAUGGGGAAAAAGUUGACGAUUGGUAUUGGAACACCAAAUUACAUGAGCCCCGAGUGUUUGAGAGGGAACGGAGAGUACGGUUUCCCAAGUGAUGUGUAUUCAUUUGGUGUGAUGAUGUACGAGACAUACACACAGAAGAAGGUGUUUGAAGAGACGGAUAAACGAUUUGAGAAGCCUUGGAUGGUUCCACAAUUCAUCAUUGAAGGUAAUCGUCUCGAACAACCCCCAACCUGCCCGUCGAAUUAUUGGAAUUUGACGAAUCAGUGCUGGGCGCAAAUACCAGAGGAUAGACCGACGUUUAUGAAUGUGAUCAAUGCAAUUGAAUCGUGGGGAGAAGACAUUGUGAGUCUUCCCGCGUUAACACUGAAAAACGGAGGAAAGAUAUCACAGAGUGGGGGAGAAGAAGAGGAUGAUAAUAGGAGCUCCAGUGAGACAAGCAGCUCAACGAGUAGUUCUGCCACACACUCACGCGAGUCUUCAAGAAGCCCACCUUUGUAUUCGGAUCAAAUUGUUUUUAAUUAA